UCACAUUUGUUGCCUUACAGACAAAACAGUGGACGAAAAUAUUGUUUGUGACAGUUUUUCCAACUCCGCAGUUUUCCCGAUCAGUUCGAGUGAUAGUGUUCUCUAUAAAUUUUGUAGUUAUUUCUUGAUUGUAGUGUUUUUCAAACAAAACCAAAAAUAUGAGAGAAUGCAUUUCAGUUCACAUCGGCCAGGCUGGCGUCCAAAUCGGAAACGCCUGUUGGGAGCUGUACUGUCUGGAGCAUGGAAUCCAGCCGGAUGGACAAAUGCCAUCGGACAAAACGAUUGGCGGUGGCGAUGAUUCGUUCAACACUUUUUUCAGCGAAACUGGAUCGGGUAAACAUGUUCCACGUGCCGUUUUCGUAGAUCUGGAACCCACUGUCGUAGAUGAGGUCCGCACCGGAACCUAUCGUCAGCUGUUCCACCCCGAGCAGCUUAUCACGGGCAAAGAAGACGCCGCUAAUAACUACGCACGUGGUCAUUACACUAUCGGGAAGGAAAUCGUCGACAUCGUGCUGGAUCGCCUCAGGAAGCUUGCCGACCAGUGCACAGGAUUGCAAGGAUUCCUUGUGUUCCAUUCGUUUGGCGGUGGCACCGGCAGCGGUUUCACCUCGUUGCUGAUGGAACGCUUAUCGGUUGACUAUGGCAAAAAAUCUAAGCUCGAAUUUUCCAUCUACCCGGCACCGCAGGUUUCGACUGCUGUGGUAGAACCCUAUAAUUCAAUUCUCACGACGCAUACCACUUUGGAGCAUUCCGAUUGUGCGUUCAUGGUCGACAAUGAAGCUAUCUACGACAUUUGCCGCCGUAACUUGGACAUCGAGCGGCCCACCUACACCAAUCUGAAUCGAUUGAUAGGGCAAAUCGUUUCCUCUAUCACCGCAUCGCUUCGCUUCGAUGGUGCACUGAAUGUUGAUCUCACGGAAUUCCAAACAAAUCUGGUACCGUACCCGAGAAUUCAUUUCCCGCUGGCCACAUACGCACCGGUCAUUUCCGCCGAGAAGGCAUACCACGAGCAGCUGACUGUGGCCGAGAUUACGAAUGCCUGUUUCGAGCCAGCAAAUCAAAUGGUCAAAUGCGAUCCACGACAUGGCAAAUAUAUGGCCUGUUGUAUGCUCUAUCGUGGCGAUGUUGUUCCGAAAGAUGUGAAUGCCGCUAUCGCCACUAUCAAAACUAAACGUUCGAUUCAAUUUGUUGACUGGUGUCCAACUGGUUUUAAAGUUGGUAUCAAUUACCAACCUCCAACUGUGGUACCAGGAGGGGAUUUGGCCAAAGUGCAGAGAGCCGUCUGCAUGCUGUCAAACACAACCGCCAUCGCUGAGGCCUGGGCUAGGCUGGAUCACAAGUUUGAUCUGAUGUAUGCUAAACGAGCAUUCGUACAUUGGUACGUAGGCGAAGGCAUGGAGGAAGGAGAAUUCUCCGAAGCUCGCGAAGAUUUGGCCGCUCUCGAGAAGGACUACGAAGAAGUUGGAGUUGACUCCACCGAGGAAGUCGGCGAAGGCGAUGAAUACUAAGCAUACUAGCGCACACGGACCAAACGAAACGCCAGAAGUAAAUUGUGGACUUGUUGUUCGUGUUGAUUUGUUGUUAACACGCGGACAAUCGCGAGAAUGGAAGCUGAAACUGCCCCCCACUUUACCGAUUUUAGAUCACUAUUCACCGGAGAGAGAAAUAAUGCUCUACAUAGUUCUCAUCAUAAUUGUACUAAACAGUUUUACAAGAAAUGCACAUCAUGACUGAGUAAA